GCACCAUGUUUGGCAUGAUCAAGAACUCCCUGCUGAGCACGGUGGAGGCAUGGCCCUACCGGGUGCUGAGCAAAGGGGAGAAGGAGCAGGUCAGCUACGAGGAGCGGGAGUGCGAGGGCGGGUGGUUCGCCGCGGUAGAGGUCGUGGGGAAGCCGUUCGACGAAGCCUCGAAGGAAGGGGCAGUCAAGCUCCUCAAGUAUGUUGGAGGAACCAAUGACAAGGGGGCUGGAAUGGGCAUGACUGCUCCUGUCUCCUUCUCUGCUUUUCCUGGAUCCUUGCAGCAAAAAGUGAAGGUUUCUCUGCGGAUCCCAAGCCAGUUUCAAGCCAACCCUCCUUGUCCUAGUGAUGAGAGCAUUAAGAUUGAAGAGAGACAGGGGAUGACCAUUUAUUCCACGCAGUUUGGUGGCUAUGCCAAAGAGGUGGAUUACGUGAACUAUGCUGCCAAGCUGAAGUCUGCUCUGGGGAGUGAAGCUGCAUAUUGCAAGGAUUUCUACUUCUGCAAUGGUUAUGACCCUCCUAUGAAGCCUUAUGGGCGACGCAAUGAGGUCUGGUUUGUGAAGGAGUGAGCAUCUGGCUCCAAGUGGUGCUGGCUGGCACUGAUAACUUCCCCACGCUGUGUUCCUGUCCUUUUGAAAAUAAACUAAACAUUUGGCAGAGGCAGAA